AUCGCUCGCCGCGUGGAAGCGUGGAGCACUCGCCCUGGAAUACGUGGCUCCACACGGCCGGCUUCCCAUUUCGUUUGCUCGCUUCGACGGUUCCACCUCUCCUCGCCUCGUCACGGCCGCCGACUUCUGUGGCCGCGAGACAGUGAGAGAGGCCUCCCGAACCCGCCAGUCCGGAAGAGGCCGCUCUGGAUUCGUCCGUGCCGGCGCCGGCGACCGGAGAUUCUGGGAUUGGAUAUAGCGCCGUGACCCCGCCGCCCGCGAGUAGUAGAGUUGGGGGAGUUAGGUAGACACUAGAGAGGUGGGAGCUCGGAGAAGGCAGUGGCGCGAGCGCCUGAGAGGAGGGACGGAGAGGGCGGUUCUUGGCUUCUUGCCCCCACCCCACCCAACGAAUCACUGGGACGCAGGGUCGAUCGGUCGCUGAAGCAUUGCCGUCCGUCAGCCAGCCAUGGUCAUGGACACCACUGAACCGGACUACUGGCUCAACUGGAGGUUCCUGCUCUGCGCCACCUGGGUCUACUCCUGCGUGGCCCUGGCAUGCUUCUUGAUCUGGAAGUAUGAGGGGGCCAGUUCACCGGCCGGCAAUGACGAAGGAGUCGACAGAGAGGAGGCCCGGCCGCCCCGGGUCGGACCUGGUGUCGUGUAUCUUGACGAUUGCUGGAAACCAUGCCUUGAGCAGAUCCAUCCUGGUUGGCUGCUGGCGUUUCGCCUUGUAGCGUUCUUCGCUUUGGCUUCCCUGCUUACCUAUGAUGUUAUCGUUGAUGGUUGGACCAUCUUCCUAUACUACACCCAGUGGACGUUCUUGCUUGUCACCUUGUAUUUUGGGCUUGGCUCGGUGCUCUCAGUUUAUGGGUGUUAUCAGUUAGCUUGCAAGACGGAUAAAUCUGAUGCAGAUCAUGGCUCAUAUGUCAUUGCGCCAACAGGGGAAAGUAGAUACGAUGACUCCAUCAAAAGAUCUUUUUCCAGUAAAACACAUGAUGGCCGAGAAAUAGCAGGGUUUUGGGGUUACCUGUUCCAGAUCAUGUUUCAGACUAAUGCAGGUGCUGUUAUCAUUACGGAUCUGGUGUUCUGGUUCAUCCUCUACCCUUUCCUCGCAUACAAUCAAUAUGACAUGAAUUUUUUGCUGAUUGGAACACAUUCAAUCAAUGUUGUCUUCAUAAUUGGUGAUACUGCUUUGAAUAGCUUGCGUUUCCCGUGGUUUAGAAUAGCAUAUUUCAUGCUGUGGACAGGUAUUUUUGUCAGUAUUCAGUGGAUCGUCCAUGCUAAUGUGUCAAUAUGGUGGCCUUACCCAUUUCUAGACUUGACAUUCCCUCGAGCACCUGUAUGGUACUUGGUGGUAGCAUUGCUUCACUUCCCUUGCUACGCUUUGUUCGCCCUAGUUCUGAGGCUCAAACAAUCUCUUUUGGAGAGCUGGUUUCCGCAUAGUUACACUUACGUGAAGUAAAACAGCAAAGAUAUACACAUACUGUUACCAUUUUAUUCCCAAUUUUUUUCUUGUCCUGGAAAUUACAUGGAGCUGCUGCUACUUUGUAGGCACAUACAUUCUUUCAGAGAUGUGCAUGUAAUUCCUUGUAAAUUGACACGGCAUAUAUUCCCCCCAGAGCAUUGAGAUUCAUAGCUUCUUUGAACCAGCUGUUGUUCC